UGUCUGUUCUGGCGAAUUACAGUGCUUAUUUUCUUUACGCCCCAGUGUGUGUGUGUGUUGUGCCAAUUAAUGUAGACAAAUCAUUGGUGCGUGGCCAAGUGGAGUGUUUUUUUUUUACUUACCAGCAGGUUUCAGACAACGACAACAACGAUUUCACCGUUAUACUUCUCGGCGUCCACCCACACACGGCAGAAUAACAAGCAGAAGCACAGCACAGCACAAUAUGCAACAGAACACGGCCAGCAAUCCGUUUUCAGUGGCCGCUUACGGCGACCGACCCCAGAUGGGUCUCGACGUAGAGUUUGGAGCUGAUCCAGCCAGCGUGGCGGCAUUCUUUCAAAACUACUGCAAGCACGAUGAUCUCAAGCAAAUGCUGGAUAGCAACAAAGACGGCCUCAAGCUGGAGGCCAUGAAGCGGAUUAUCGCCAUGAUAGCACGCGGACGCGAUGCCAGUGAUCUAUUUCCAGCUGUUGUCAAAAAUGUCGUGUCCAAGAACAUUGAAGUGAAAAAGCUUGUGUAUGUGUAUUUAGUGCGCUAUGCCGAGGAGCAGCAGGAUCUGGCGCUGCUCUCCAUUUCCACAUUCCAGCGUGCACUCAAGGAUCCCAAUCAGUUGAUACGCGCCUCCGCACUGCGCGUGCUCUCCUCCAUACGCGUCAAUAUGAUUGUGCCCAUUGUAAUGCUUGCCAUACGGGAUAGUGCCGCCGAUUUGAGUCCAUAUGUGCGCAAGACAGCGGCGCAUGCCAUACCCAAGCUGUACUCGCUGGAUGCAGAGCAAAAGGACGAUUUGGUAAUGGUGAUUGAGAAGCUGCUCUCAGAUCGCACCACAUUGGUUGUGGGCUCGGCCGUCAUGGCCUUCGAUGAGGUGUGCCCGGAGCGCGUGGAUUUGAUACACAAAAACUAUCGCAAGCUAUGCAAUCUGCUGGUGGAUGUGGACGAAUGGGGCCAGGUGAUUAUUAUAAAUAUGCUAACACGCUAUGCGCGCACACAGUUCGUCGAUCCCAAUGCGGACGAGGCGGAGCUGCUGGAGCAAGCACAAGGCGACGCUGCCGAUGGCGAGUCAGCGCCACCGGAACGCUUCUACGAUGAAUCAUCGCCCGCCAGCAGCGACGAUGAGGCCAGCAGCAAUGACGAUCAGCCGCGCUCCAAGUCCAACAACAAUCUGAACAACAAUGACAAGCAAAAGGAAAGCGCUGCCAUCAGCUACCAUGUGGAUCUGGAUCAUCGCCUGCUGCUGCGCCAGACCAAGCCGCUGCUGCAGUCACGCAAUGCGUCGGUGGUGAUGGCUGUCGCUCAGCUCUAUCACCAUGUGGCGCCGCGCAAUGAGGUGCAGCUGAUAGCCAAGGCAUUGAUACGUCUGCUGCGCAGUCACAAGGAAGUGCAGAGCGUGGUGCUCAACUGCAUUGCCUCCAUGUCGUCCAGGCGCAAGUCCAUCUUUGAGCCGCAUCUGAAGUCGUUCUUUGUGCGCACCAGCGAUCCGACGCACCUGAAGCUGCUCAAGCUGGACAUACUCACCAAUCUGGCCUCCGCCUCGAGCAUUUCGCUUAUACUGCGCGAAUUCCAGACCUAUAUAUCCAGCAGCGAUCGCCCCUUUGUGGCUGCCACCAUACAGGCCAUCGGACGCUGUGCAGCAAGCAUCAAGGCUGUCACCGAGACCUGUCUCAGUGGCCUUGUGCAUCUGCUCUCCAAUCACGAUGAGCACGUUGUGGCUGAGAGCGUGGUGGUUAUCAAGAAGCUGCUGCAGAGCAAGGCCGCCGAGCACUUUGAGAUCAUCACACAGAUGGCCAAGCUCAUUGAUUACAUCAACGUGGCGGCGGCACGCGCUGCCAUCAUCUGGCUGAUUGGCGAGUACAAUGAGAAGGUGCCGCUGAUAGCGCCCGAUGUGCUGCGCAAGAUGGCCAAAUCGUUUGUGGAUGAGCAGGAUGUGGUCAAGCUGCAGGUGCUCAAUCUGGGCGUCAAGCUGUAUCUCACCAAUCCGACCCAAACGUCGCUGCUUUGCCAGUAUGUCUUCACCCUGGCGCGCUACGACACCAACUAUGAUGUAAGGGAUCGCGCACGCUUCUUGCGCCAGUUCAUCUUUCCGGCUAGUGGCGCCAGCAGCGUGCUCAGCCAGCAGGCGCGUCAGGUGUUUCUCACUGCCAAGCCGGCGCCGUUGCCCGAGAGCAAGUACCGGGACAGCAAUGUCUAUCAGCUGGGCUCGCUCUCGCAUUAUCUGAAUAUGCACGCCACGGGCUACAAGGAGCUGCCUGCGUUCCCCAGCGUGGCGCCCGAUACCAGCGUGCGCAACAUACCCGGCUACAUGCAAGAGAAGCUGCCCGACGACAGUCCGAGUCGGCACAAAAAUGCUACAGACGCUGCUGCAGGCGGCGCCGGCAAGCAGCAGCAGGCGCGCGAGAAGAGUUUCCUCUCGGAGUCGGAGAGCAAGUCGUCCGCCUACUCGGAGUCCAGCGGCAGUAGCAGCGACAGCGACGACGGUUCCAGCAGCAGCAGCAGCAACAGUGAUGAUGAAGCGGAUGCUGCUGGCGGCUCCUCCAGCAGCUCCGAUGAGAGCGUGCAACCGGGCAAGCAACAAGCAGCUGCACCAGCUGCCAAUCCGCUGGUCAGCACAGACAAUAGCAACAACAAUAACAAUAAUAACAACAACAACAAUGCGGCUGCUGCAUCGGGCACCUCGGACAGCGGUGAGUCUUCCAUCUACAGCGGCAGCAGUGACGACGACGACGACGAUGAAGCGUCCGACCAAGCAGCCACAGCCGUGGUGGAGCCCAAGCCAGCAGCAGCAGCAGCUGCCACGCCAGCCAAAAGCAAUCUGGACUUGCUGCUCGAUCUGGACGACAUACCAGCUGUGGGUCCAGUAAUGACGCCCUCGCUGGGUGGCUUCCUGACGCCAGGCACACCCAUGCUGCCCAGCCAGACAGCGCUGCAGCCGCAGCUGGCACGCAAUCGGCUGGAGCUGGUGGGUCCCUCCUAUGUCGAGUUCAAGCACAAGGAGCUGCUGAACAAGCUCAGCGGCCAUGGCCUCCAAGUGGGCUAUCGCUUCACACGCGCUCCGCAUCUCUACUCCGCCGCCAUGUGCUCCAUUGAGCUGCAGCUGCAGAAUCGCAGCGACAAGGAGCUGACCAGCAUUCGCAUGGGCCAGCAGACGCUGCCGUCGGGCAUGCAGCUGAACGAGUUUGCGCCCAUUGCGCAGCUGCAGCCGCAGCAACUGGGCAGCGGGAUUUUGGGCGUGGACUUUAACGACACCACGCACGCCAUUGACUUUGAGCUGCUGUCCAGUGCGGGCAGCGCGCGUGUGCAGCUAAAGCCGCCAGUGGGCGAGCUGGUGCGAGCGGUGCAGAUUGGCGAGAGCUGUCAUCGUGAGGAGCGCGCCAAGCUGCGCGGCAUGAACGAGCAUCAGUGCGAGCUGCGCGGCAUACAGCGCGAGCUGCUGGACAUGGCAACGCUGCGGCAGAAGGUCUUCGAGUGCCUCAAUGUGGCGCACACGUUUAGCUCGCCCACCGGUCAGCUGCACUGCUUUGCCGGCCAGACGCUCAACUCCAAGAGUCUGGUGCUGCUCACACUGCAGUGGCAUACGGAUGAGGCGCUUACGCUGGUGGUCAACUGCGACAAGAUGGUCAUUGGUUCCAUGGUGCUCAACGAGCUGCGCAAUGCACUGCAGCUGAGCUUUGUGAUGUAAACGAAACAGAGCGAGACAGCAAGUGAGUGAGCGAGCGAGCGAGCGGACAUGAGAUUUAGCGCCAACUUCCAAGCAAAGCUUUCCAAACUAAAAUGCGCGUCUUACUUUCCAAGCCUUUGCUAUUUACACAUACAUAUAGAAAUUAUAAGUAAAGUUUGUUGUAACUUCAGUUGAAAUUAUUGUUAAACGAACAAAUUCGUAUGCGAAUCUUGGUUUCCAAGCUAGAACAAAUUGCCUCGACACUACGUAGAGAUAAACAACAACAACAACAACAACAACAAAAACUUGAUGUAAUAUUUAAACAAAUGCAAGCUUAUAAACAAGCUAUAUGCAUAACUACAGUAGUGCACACAAAAAUAGGCACACUCAAAAAAUAUAAGCAAAAUUGUAUAUCAAAAUGUUUAGCUUGAUUAAUUUCAUUUAUC